AUGCCUGCUAUGUCGGCCGACACCACGAGUUGGCACCCAUCCCUUGGGGCCAAAGUACUCAUUCAGGUCCUAUGCAUUGGAGCCAUCAAGCUCUGUAGUGAGCGACAGCUGGCUCGAUGGCUUGCAUUCAAUGAGGCCGCCCCGCCGACGACAGUGAGCAAGACUACGCCAGAGCCGACAGUGGCCAAGACUUGGAAGGAGCAAUGGUCGGGCCGGCUAUCCGCCUUCCUCAUUUUCGCAACCUUCCUGCUACCUAUGGCGGGGCUGCUCGGUCCGUUCAACGAGGGCGGCAUCAUGCAGCUUUGUCUCGUUGACGGCCCGUGGGGUCUUUUCAUGCUGCACAUGUGGACCACAUCUUUCGCUACAGCGCUGUAUGGCAUCUUCCCGCCCGCUCGGACCAUCCGCAAACUGCGCCAGAACAAUGACGACAAGACGUGGGCCUUUGAGCAGGUCACCGACGGACCUACCUCUGGCUUCCGAUGGAGUAACCCCAAAGUCAACAAGGUCGCAGGGUUCCUUUGCGCCACGCUCCUCUUCAUCUCGGCGUACUUUGACGGUAAAGAGCUCUUCCCCCUCGCUUGGGCCGCACAGGUCGUAUGGGCUCUGGUCGGCUGGCAUGCGCCAAGAAUCCGAAUGAAGGCGAUAGUCAUGAUCCAGCUCGGUGUUGUCCUUCUGUUCGUCGUCAUCGGAGGUCUCGCGUACCUGUUCGGGCAGGACAACAGAUCUAUCCCGCCUGAGACACAGUCAUCCUCGGAUGGGCACCCGUCCCCCUGGUUACUUCGCAUUACGAGCAUUGUCAGCUCACUCAUGGUUUUUUGUGUCCCUGGCAUCUUUAUUCAGUUCAAUAUGCGGUAUGAACACACCCGCGUCGCACCCACUUCCAUCCGGAUCCCCUCGGCCCCCGGCGAGCCGGUAUCGAUCAACCACAAGGCCCCGCAGCCAAAGCUACCUCUGUAUGAAUUCACCAUCGCAGCUCUGAUUGCAAGCUGCUCGCUCGCCGAUUCCUUGUCGUUCUUCGGAGCCAGCAGGAACUUCUCGGUCGACCAGAUGAUCAUCAUCAAUACGGCUAUACCGCUUCUUGUGGGCGGGACGGCGGUGUACACCUUCUUCCGCGGAGACUUGAAGGACUGGUGGAACUAUACCGAGAUCUACCGACAGGACAUUGACCUGGAGACGGUAACGGAGGUAGACGAGCAUGGGAGGGAAAUCCCGGUAGACGAGAAGCGACCGGUCACGCCCUGA